UAGUUUUUCGAUGCAGCAAUUAGCUGAAGAGUAAUUACGAUUCGGGCUGGCUCAGAAGAGGCGUUGCCCUUUUAACUGGACCGAGAGUGAGGCUGCCGGAUGACGUUCACGACAACGAGCAGGAGUUGAGAUUGGGAGUCUGGCGGAGGAGCGGCAGAGGGAGUCGACCUUUCAGAACGAAGAAUUUUGCAUGAAAGGGCAAAGAAAGACUGUUGCACUGAAUCUGACCACAAACGGUUUGGCUUAAAUCAUUCUCAGUAGCUGAAUGAUCACUAAGGUUGUGGUACAAGGGAGCAGACCACAUCAUGCGCGAAUACAAACUAGUGGUCCUUGGUUCAGGAGGUGUUGGAAAGUCUGCUUUGACAGUGCAGUUUGUUCAAGGUAUUUUUGUUGAAAAAUAUGAUCCAACAAUAGAGGAUUCAUACAGAAAGCAAGUUGAAGUAGAUGGCCAACAAUGUAUGCUUGAAAUCCUUGACACAGCAGGAACGGAGCAAUUCACAGCAAUGAGGGAUCUUUAUAUGAAAAAUGGCCAAGGCUUUGCACUGGUAUACUCCAUUACUGCACAGUCAACAUUUAAUGACCUACAGGACCUGAGAGAACAGAUCUUGCGAGUUAAAGAUACUGAAGAUAUCUUUUAUGACCUCGUCAGGCAGAUAAAUAGGAAAACACCAGUGGAGAAAAAGAAGCCCAAAAAGAAAACAUCGUGUUUGUUACUUUAGACAUUUGUACAGCAGCAGCUCUGAACCAGAAUGCAGGAAUGAAGAACUGUUGCCUAAAUGGAAAGUGCCAGCAUUCCAUCCCACUGUAGAGAGAAAACUAAAAUUAAAAUGACCUCAUUGAAGAGGACUUACCUGUUUUAUAUCAUAAGUGAAAAAAACUGAUCUCAGCAAUUUGCACACAAGGUCCCCAAAAAUGCUCUCUGUACAACAUGGAAAAAAAGACAACAGUAUUUUCGUUUGCAAAAGUGGUUAUAAGAGAUGUAAAAAUGAUUAUAUUUGAAUUUAGUUGUGUAAUUAUACAAAAGAGCAUGGACACAUUUCAGAUGUUAUAGAUAUUUCAAGUGUAAUUAAGAGAUGAUUUACAUAUUGACCUUCUCCUGUUCCUUUUUUUCUUCCUAUCAUGCACUGAAAAUUCAAGUAUAAUAGAGGCUACUUCACCCCAAACUGCAUUUCUUGUUUGUUUCCAUUGUUGGACAGACCACAACAAAUAAUGUAUACCCGUUUGGUCUUGUGACUUAAUUUUAUAUUUAAGUUAAAGAAAAACAUUGUUUAUUCUGCCACUAUAUUCUGGUUAAAAUGUGCAUAAUGCUUUGGAAACAAAUGGGUCUUUUAUAAGGGAAAAACUGUGGAAAAUUGAUUUAUAUGGCUUUCAAAGCUGAAAUAUAUAAUAUACUAAACCAAGUCUAAUAUUGCUUCUUGUGUUUUACUGCCACAAAUUAAAUUACAGCUUUUAUGAAUUAAAAUUUAGUACAUUUUUAUUGUUA